UGGGUGGGCAGUUGUGACGUCACUAGACUUGUCGGGUUGCUACGGCACCACUGCUAAGAUUAGGUAUUUUUGGCUGACCUAAGGAAGGGGACUGUGGUCUCAGAGCGCCGGUAAACGGCUCCAGGUGCACGAAAGCUGGAAUGUGGGGGCUCGCGUGCUGCCGCCACAACAACGGUAAAACGGAAGUCCUGCUCCCGCGCAGCUCGGCGUCCGGGCGGAAACAGCGUUCUUCUCGGAGCUGAGGCCCCGAAGCUUCGGGCCUGGGCGGCCUCGGGCUUGGCUGCCGGGAGCUAAGGGAGCACCCUCAGCUGGUAAGAGGGAGGAGGGGAACUUGGCGCGUACCUCCCGCCGCGCGGGAGAGCUGGAGCGCACUGCCAGCCUUGCCACAACGGUUGUGUUAAUGCCUCGGAGCAGCCUAGGUCUCCCGACGGAAAGGUUCGUUUCCUUACCCGACAUUUGUCUUAAACAUGGAUAAAUACGCCGCCUUCCAGAGUAGUCCUGUUUCCCUGGAUCGCAGAGCGCCUUUUUGCUUCAAGACGUUGUGUGAUGCUCCCAGUCUCUGAAUUCUGAUACGCUGCUGGGCAUAAUAUUAAACACAAAGGUGUUUAUUUCCUUUCUUCGUAGUUGGGCCGGAAAUAAGAUUCUCUCUCUUUCAGGUAUUGAUAUUGAGCAUGCCUUUUUAGCAUAUUAAAAUGGCUGUACCCAAAACCGCCAUCCCCUCCUUGUCGGAAUGCCAGUGCCGCAUCUGUGUGGAAAUCCUAAUCGAGCCCGUAACACUGCCUUGUAACCACACGCUCUGUAACCCAUGCUUCCAAUCGACUGUCGAAAAGGCGAGUUUAUGCUGUCCCUUCUGUCGCCGCCGGGUCUCUUCGUGGACCCGAUACCAUACCCGAAGAAAUUCUCUUGUCAACAUGGAACUGUGGGAAUUAAUCCAAAAACACUAUCCAAAGGAAUGCAAGCUUAGAGUUUCUGGGCAGGAAUCAGAGGAAAUCGUUGAUGACUGUCAGCCAGUUCGCUUAUUAAGUAGACCCGGGGAAUUGAGAAGAGAGUAUGAGGAGGAGAUAAGCAAGCAUUUUUCAUCAGAGUAUUUGUCACCUACAUCUCAGUUUGGGUCAGCAUCACAGUUUGAAAUUGUACAAGAAAGGAGGAAGGACUCCACGUCUAAGGAAACUGACAGUAGUGUUGUAAAGAGCCCUGCAUGGCAAGAUACAGAAAUUGAGGAAGAUAUGCCAACACUUUCUCGGCAAAUAUGCGUGGAAAUUCAAGAACAGGGUGAAAAGUCUUCAGAGUCACCCAUGCCUCAGUUAUGUGCCGAUGGUGGAGAAUGGUGCCUUGAAGGGGAAGUCAAAGUGAGACCAACGAAUCAUGAUAAAGAGCUAAGUGUCCUAAAUCAUGAGGGACCUGAAGGCAGAGUUCCCUGCUCUGGGGAAGCUGCAGUUAAGCCUUAUGGCAAAACAGAGAGUGGGUGCACUGUAUCAGGUAUGACACAGAUAAUUGGAAGUAAUACAGUUGAGACAGAAAAUGAAGACUCUUGUCUAUCGAUCAGUAAAGAUAUUUCCAAAAGAAAAAACCCGGAAUCUUUGUCUGAAGCAGUCAGGGAUCCAUGCGUUUCUGCAAAAAGAAGGAAAAUGUUCCCCGAAGCUUCCUCAGAUCAAGAGGAAACAGAAAUCAACUUUACCCAAAAACUGAUAGAUUUGGAACACUUACUUUUUGAGAGACAUAAACAAGAAGAACAGGAUAGGUUAUUAGCGUUACAGCUUCAGAAAGAAGUAGAUAAAGAACAAAAGAAGCCAAACCGGCAAAAAGGAUCCCCAGAUGAGUAUCAUUUACGUCCUACAUCUUCACCUCCAGACAAAUUGUUAAAUGGACAGAGGAAGAAUUCCAAAGAUAGGAACUUCAAAAAACAGACUGAUACAGAGCAUUCAAAAUCUUGGAGAGGCUCAAAAAAUGAAAAUUGGCAGCCGUCUUUUAAGAUCCAGUUGAAACAUUCAGUUAAUGGGAGAAAGGUGCCAAAUUCUUCUAGAGAUAAUUGUAAUGUAUCUAAAAGUUCCCUACAGCCUAGUAAGUCACAGAAAAGUAUUUUUCAGAUGUUUCAGAGAUAUACAAAGUAAUGCAUGGGGAGAAGGAGUGUUUUAUAAUCUAGUAAAGCUGGAUUGUGAAGCUCUCUUUUCUGUCAUAGACUCUUUAUAAUGGUCACACUCAUCGUCUAUAAAGGACUGUGUGAUUACAAGGGAGGACUAUAUAAAUGUGUUUCUGCCAAACUCAGUGGUAAGCAGGAGUCCCAAUCCUUUGCUUUUUUAAUAAUUAUGAUGUACUAAGUUUGACAAUCCUUACGGAUAUAAAAAUGCCUUGGUGAACUCCCAAGAAAUCUUCAAGUGCCAUUCUGUUUCCCAGAAAUGCAUGUUUUACAGCCUUUGCUUCCCUUCUUGUCCUAACUAGUAAUCAAAGCAAGAUGGUACUAUACGGAGUAGUUAGGAACCCAGGCAGGGUGAGUUUUCUUGCCACUUUCCCAUGUAUUUGCAGAGCACUUGAAAUGCAUCUUCCAUAACACUAAAGUAAUCUAGUUUUCAUCUCCACUUUAAUUAUUUUAACCAUUAUAGCAUUUUCUUCAAUUUAAAAUGGUUUAUGAUCAAUGCGUAAUCAGAAAAAUCAGAGUUUCCUGGAAAAUUAAGAAUCAGUUGACAGAAAGGAAACUAGGCUCUUGAUGCAAAAGGAGUUAAGAGUUGGGGUGCAGCUCUGUGGGGGCAGGUUGACCAUUUGGAAGUGUUGGAACUGAGUGAGUGAUCAGAAACUGGGCCUCGGAGGGAGUAGCCGGUGGAGUUUGGUAGAGGGUUCUCCCUCCUCCUUUCUUUGCUAAAUGACAUGGAAAACAUUUGGGUUUUAUAGCUUUUCACAUCAUAGUAUCUGGUAUCAAAAUCAAAAUCAAUUGCUAAAUUGCCUGAAAUUUAGGGAUUUCACAUUUCUAUUAAUCUGCUAUUCCAGGAAAAAAAUGGAAUUUUACUGUAGGAGAGUUAAAUAUAAUAUCUUUUGUUGUGGGACCUGAGACAUAACCAUGUGUUUAUUUCCUUAUAUUAUCAUUUGUAUUGAUGCUGACUUUUAUAUGUGUUUAUGGGCAGAAAAAGAGAGUCUGAUGCUUGGGUUUUGCCAUCUUACCCCUGAAAGUUAAAUCAGAAGGCAGUGAUUUCAUUUUGUGAAAUUUAACUUGGAGACUAUUAAUCUUUUUUUCAUUAAUAUAAACAAUUUUAAGCAAAUAGCAGUUUUAACAGCAUUUCUGCUGAUCUCUAGUUGUCCAUCCUUUUAAAGUAAAAAUAAAACAUUCUAGAGCUAAUUCUAGCUUAAAUUUGUCAAUAUUUUUGUACAUUAUUAAGAUUUUUUUUCCUCCAAAUUUUGUAACUGAAAUUCUGUUAAUCUUUGCAUAGUUAAUGGCAUCUAUUCUGAUAUUGAUCGGGUAAUUAUGGGUAGAAUUCUGAUGCUAAUUUAAAAUCUAGUUUGCCCUUUCUCAAAAAAAAAAAAAAGUGAUUGCCCUCUGAGUAAUGAUUGUGCUGGAAUGAAGUCUAGUCAGAAACUAACCAAAUUUCUCCAGAAUACACUAAUAUCUGUCUUCUCAUCAAACCAGUAUUUUUCUAAGAGCAAUUUCACUUAACAUUUUAGGGUGGACACUGUUAGAACUCCUCAAAAGUUGUAUAAUUAAAUUUUCCUGGAAUAGUCCAUGACCAAAAAGGGGAAAAAAUAGUGUGACAUAUAUAGGAUUUAUACAUUUAACCACUUAUUUGUCUGUGAAGAAGUUUUCCUGACCUUAAGAUAAAUUUUAAUUUCUCUGUUUUUCUGAUAGCCCUAUCUUGUAUGCCUUUUCGUUAGAAACUAAUAAAUGUUUUGUGUCAGUCAUUAGA